AGAAAUUAAAAAGAAUAUAUUCAUCAUAUUUUACCAAGGAGAGCAGCUCAGGCAGAAAAUCGAGAAGAUCUGUGAUGGGUUUCGGGCUACCAUAUACCCCUGCCCAGAGCCUGCAGCGGAGCGCAGAGAGAUGCUGGCUGGAGUCAACAUGAGGCUGGAAGACCUAGUCACUGUCAUAACACAAACAGAAUCUCACCGCCAGCGCCUGCUGCAAGAAGCAGCUGCCAACUGGCACUCUUGGGUCACCAAAGUGCAGAAGAUGAAAGCCAUUUACCACAUCUUGAACAUGUGUAACAUCGAUGUCACCCAGCAGUGCGUCAUCGCUGAGGUCUGGUUCCCAGUGGCAGACACUGGGCACAUCAAGAGGGCGCUGGAGCAUGGCAUGGAGCUCAGUGGUUCUUCCAUGGUCCCCAUCUUGACAGAAGUGGAAUCCAGAAUAGCUCCCCCUACCUUCAACAGGACCAAUAAAUUCACAGCUGGCUUCCAGAACAUUGUGGACGCAUAUGGUGUAGGAAGUUACCGGGAGAUAAACCCAGCUCCCUACACCAUCAUCACCUUCCCCUUCCUGUUCGCCGUGAUGUUUGGAGACUGUGGCCAUGGAACCGUGAUGCUGCUGGCGGCCCUGUGGAUGGUGCUUAACGAGAGGCGCCUGCUCUCCCAGAAGAGCAGCAACGAGAUCUGGAACACCUUCUUCAAUGGGCGCUACUUGAUCCUACUUAUGGGCAUCUUCUCCAUCUACACGGGCUUGAUCUACAAUGAUUGCUUCUCCAAGUCUUUUAACAUCUUUGGUUCUUCUUGGAGUGUCCGGCCCAUGUUCAGGAAUGGCACAUGGAGUGAUCAUGUACUGGAGGCAAAUCCAUAUUUACAGCUGAACCCAGCCACACCAGGAGUAUAUUCUGGAAACCCAUACCCAUUUGGGAUUGAUCCGAUUUGGAACCUGGCUUCAAACAAACUCACAUUUUUGAACUCCUAUAAAAUGAAGAUGUCAGUUAUUCUGGGAAUUGUCCAGAUGGUUUUUGGUGUUAUCCUUAGCCUCUUCAAUCACAUAUACUUCAGAAAAACUGUGAACAUCAUCCUGCAGUUCAUCCCUGAGAUGAUUUUUAUCCUGUGCCUGUUUGGAUACCUGGUGUUCAUGGUCAUUUUCAAAUGGUGCCAGUAUGACGUUCACAUGUCCCAGCAUGUUCCCAGCAUCCUUAUCCACUUCAUCAACAUGUUCCUGUUUAACUAUGCCGACCCCUCCAACGUGCCCCUGUACAAGCAUCAG